UACUCCUCUGAGUCUCAUUGAUCCUUUCUUCUUCGUUUUUUUUUUUCUCCUCUGUCCAUUCCAAUAACAACCCAAAUCAUAGAGAUCACCACACAUACCCAUUUUCCAAUCAAACUCACCUCCAACAACUUUCCUACCUGGCGAAAACAUGUCAUGUCCACACUAAUUGGCCUCAAUCUCGACAAAUACAUCGACGGUAAAACCGAACCACCCCCAGAAACGCUACAAGACAAACCAAAUCCUAAUUACCGUCUCUGGUUUCGUCAAGACCAGAUUCUCCUUGGCGCACUUCUCGGAAGUUGCUCAGAAACCAUUCAACCGAUUGUCACCUCUGCAACAACCUCUCUGCAACUAUUCCAACGCCUAACCGAGUGUUUUGCAAGCGUCUCAAGAUCACGUGUUAUCUCUCUAAAAUCCAGACUCGGUAAAAACCCUCAAGGAACAAGACCAGUGGCCGAAUUUCUUCACGAGAUGAAGGCCAUUGUUGAUGAACUUGCCCUAGCAAACAGUCCAAUCAAUGAUGAAGACCUAACCGUGCAUAUCACCAAUCAAUUAGGUGAUGAUUACAAGAACCUAACUGCUGCAAUCAAAGCACGGGACUCACCCAUCACCUUCUCUGAACUAUUUGCUAAACUUGUGGACCAUGAAUGCUCAUUGAAAGAGAACUCCCAGCCACCCCUAAUUUCCACAGUGAACAAUACGUAUAAACAACCUGGUCGCUCUAAUUCUAGGGCUUCUUAUGACCAGAGAUACCAAAACAGGCCCAGUCAUUAUGGGCCCAGAUCCAACAAAUACCAAAGUUCAAACAGUGGGCUAACCCAACCCUCACGGACUAACCGAAACUCUUUGUUUUGUUCUUUUUGCAAUAUCACAGGGCAUGUAACGAAGGACUGUAGGAAGAUGACACGUUUUCUACAAGAAAAUAAUGUUACCAUAUCCUCGGGUCCAUCAGCCAACCCAGGAUGGUCAACACUUCGACGGCUAGCUCGUCUCUACCGACACCCCCUUGGAUGUUUGACACAGGUGCCUCGGAUCAUGCAGCCCCUAACCGCUCCUCAUUGCACACUUUAUCGGAAUAUGGAGGGCCGGACGAAAUUGUGUUAGGAAACGGACCUUCGCACGGGGGCGCACCUAAUGCGGGGAGUGAAUGUUAAUGACGUCUACUAUGCGGCUCUCAACUUGAUUCGCCAUCUUUCUCAAGCCAAUUCCGCAACCAAGUCAACCGGGUCAACUCUUUCAUGGCAUCACAAGCUUGGACAUCCAUCUAUCAAAAUCCUAAAACUUAUACUUAGGAAUUUUGGGUUAGAUCAAAAUAAAAUGUCUAGUAAUUUAUUUCAUUGUGAUGCUUGCUCUAUCAAUAAAAGCCAUAAAAUGCCUUUUGGUGCAAAUUCUUUUACCGCUUCCAAACCACUGGAACUAGUAUAUUCCGAUGUUUGGGGCCCGGUUACACCCUCCAAUGAUGGCUACGCAUAUUAUGUCAUCUUUGUUGAUUUUUUCUCCAAAUACACUUGGCUUUACCCUAUGAAACGGAAAUCAGACGUUGCCACCUUAUUUCCGCAAUUUAAAACAUUGGUUGAAAAAUUCUUUCGUACACCACUAAUAUCAUUUUUCUCUGACAACGGAGG